AUGAUAAAUCUGAAUGAGGAAUAGAAAAUACAACAAAAUAAACUAUUUAAUAUAUUUGGGUAACAUACAAAAUAAGCAUGUAUAAUCUUUAUUAUGAAUGCACUUUUAAGAGUUUAAGAAAACGAUACAUUUUUUAUGUCAAUAACAUUGUAUUUAACAAUCAUAAUGUUUCUAUUUAAUUUUGUGGCAGCAGUAUUUCUGUUGUGUUUUAAGAGAGAAUUUCCAAAGAUUGAAUAUUUCUUAAUAUACACAAUGAAUGUAUUUAUGUUUAUAAUACUUCUUGUGUAUUCACUAAAUUACUUUAUCUAAAAAAAGGAAUAAGACCAUUUACUUUAAUUGUAUAUAAAAACUUACAUCAUGAUAUUAUUGGGCAAAGUAACUUUAUUUAUUUAUAUAUAUUAAAGGAAAUAGAAAUACUCAUAAUCAAAAUAUUUCCACUUGAAUUAACGAAUAGAUCAGUUAAUUGUUUUACAUCAUGUAUAAUUGUUAUGAUGAUUCUAUCUCAUGGAGACAAAUACGAAUGCUAAAAUAAAUAUUCAAUGGUUCUUUUAUCACUCUUACUUUCAAAUGUUCUGACAUCCAUAUUUAAUAUCAUUUUUACAUUGAUUCUAUUUAAUUAAAAUAGAUCUUAAAAAGAAUUAAGAAAUUUUGCUGAGUAAUUCUAAUUUAAAUAUAAAUAGUUUACUUUUGACAGUAUUAUUCUUAGUGCAUCUUGCCUAAUAUGUACUUGUAUUCAUUAAGACAAAUUCUAUUAUUGAAGAAGAAUGUUAGUGUUUAAGUUUCAUAUUUCAAUUCUAAAAAUAUGUUGCACCAAUCAAUUUCAUAUCAUUCUUAUUUGUAAUAUAUUAGGAAGUAUGUUAUUUCAAAGAAGCAAUUAAAUAUUAAGAAUUAAUUGAAAAGAACAGUUAACAUAAUAAUAUGUGUAAUAUUAAUCAAUUAAUUUUAUUAGAUAGUGCAGCCAUCUAAAAUUAAUAAACAUUAAAAUAAGGAGUAAGACAUUCAAUUAAAAGUCUCAGCUCUGUAGUUAAUCCAAUGGAAGCUAGUCAAAGUAAUUCCCAAGCCCCAAACUUUGGAACGUAUCAUAUUUAUAUUAAUUUAAGUGAUAAACAAGGAUAAAAAUUAGAAAAAAUGGGAACUAGUUAAUUUGGAGCUUCUUAACAUAAUUAAGGUAUGUAACACUCAUGGGCUAAUGUUUAAAAUCCUAAUCCCUUUGGUACUAUUGUUAAAGAACAAUAAGAUAGUAUAGAAAAUCAAAAAAGAGGAAGUAAAUCAGUUGAUGAAAGUUUAAUUCGUUAAGAAGAAUCUUAAAUUCCAGAAAAUUUAUCUCAAGUUAAUAAUCCAAUGGAAUCUGGAAGUGUGGUUACUAUACAUUGA